UUAACGUCUAACGAAAUUCAUUACAUGGAAAUUAAUGCUUUUACUGGACUGAAUAAACUCGAAAAGCUCAAUAUAAAUGACAACCGACUAGAGUAUAUUAAGCCGAAUACAUUUAAUUCAACAAUUAACUUGAAGGAACUAGCGUCAACAAGGCCAUAUUUAUGCUGUAUAGUUCCAGCUAAAAUUACAACCUGCUCACCUGUUCCUGAUUUGGAUUCAGCAUCUAGUUGUGAAAAUAUUCUCGUUCAUACAUCAUUAAAAUUGUCUGUCUGGAUUAUGGCUAUUGCAGCUUUCAUAGGGAAUAUCCUUGUCAUUGUAACAAAUCGCUCUAACAAAAUGAAAAAAACGAGCAAGUCUACCGAACUCGUCUUUAACAGCCUGGCUCUUUCUGACUUUUUAAUGUCAACAUAUCUUAUCAUUAUUGGUGUUAAUGAUCAAAUUUAUAACGAUCGUUACGCUCAAUAUGCUGAAGAAUGGCUUAAGAGUCCAGCGUGUAUUAUUGCAUCAUUUUUAAUAAGUACAUCUAGUAUGAUGUCAGUUAUUAUGAUGCUGCUAAUAAGCAUAGAUCGCUAUAGUAUCACAGUUAAUCCAUUUACAGCAUCACAUGUAAGGUUCAAGCGUACUAAAAUUGCAUUAGGAUUGGGUUGGUCGGUUACUUGUAUCUAUGUUGCUAUACCAGUAAUUAUGAGUAUUAAUCAACCAGCAGAUUUACGCUUAUAUCAAUUCAGUUUCAUCUGCUCUCCUAGUAAUUUAAGCCAUCGUUUUUAUGCAACCUGGACCCUUUCAUUUGUUUUAAUACAACUUAUUUCAUGGAUCAUAACAUUAGUAAUUUACGUAUUGUUACUUAGAGAGGUCAGUAAAACAAGGCGUUCAAUUCGUAGCAAUGCACAAUCUCGUAAUGGUACGAUUGCUAUCCGUCUAUCACUUAUUUUAGUUACUGAUUUAGCUGCAUGGUUACCAAUUUAUGUCAUAUCUGCUUUAGGAAUCAUUCAAGGUAGUAUAAACGUUUUUAUAUUACAAUUUGCGGUCAUCUUGGCUAUUCCUUUAAAUUCUGCUAUCAAUCCAUAUAUUUAU